AUGCCUCUAUCUGAAACAGGAGAACCGCAAAAUAUUGUGAUGAUGCGGCUCGUGCGAGUUGUGAAGUCCCUGCGAGCCAUUCGGAUGGUCCGCACGCUUCGGCUUUUCCGCGGAUUGAACUUAUUGGUCAAAGCUUGCCAGUGUUUCCUGCCGUCGCUCGGAUGGUCAAUGGUGUUGUUGGUUGUGUUCAUGUCGAUGGGCACGUUGGUCAUGGGCAACCUGCUGCGGGAUUUUGUCACCGACCCGUCCAACAACAUGGACGACCGGAUGUGGAUUUACAAUCGCUAUGGCACUGCAUAUUCUGCGAUGUAUACUCUGUAUGAGAUAACGUUCGCAGGCAAUUGGCCGACAAAUGCAAGGCCGGUCUUGGAAAAAGUGAGCCAGACAUUUGUGAUUUUUUACGUGCUGUACAUCACGAUCAUCGUGUUCGCUGUAAUACGGGUGAUUAGUGCAACAUUUUUGAAGGAUACGUUGGAUGCAGCACAAAAUGACGCGGAGAAUUUGGUGGUGGAACGUUUGCGCAAGAAAGCCCAAUACGUCCGGAAACUGGAGGAAGUGUUUGCUGCCAUUGAUCAUUCAGGGGAUGGUUUGAUAACCGAAGAGCGGCUAGCCAACAUACUGUCCAACCCGCAAGCCGUAGCAUAUUUCCAAACACUGGAUGUGGAUGUCACGGAAAGCGCCGCGUUGUUCCACCUCAUUGAUAACGGUGACGGUGAGGUCACUUUGGACGAGUUCAUCGAGGGCAUCAUGCGCUGCAAGGGUCCGGCCAGGGCAAUUGACCAGGUUGCCAUGCGUGCAAUGAUCCAGCAAAUUGACAGCAAGCUUUCCAAGCUUGCACAGAAGCUGCGUGAAUCAGGCGCCAUCCAACCAAAGCUGACGACAGCUCCCUCAGACGUGGAAAGCCCGGGCGUGUGGUGA